AGAGAGCAGUCAGUAGUAGCCUACAUACUCCUGGGUGUUCGGUUUGUCAAAGGCUUUUGUGAGAGAAAGAACGGGACGCCGUUUUUACCCGCAAGACAUGGGGGAAGACUAACACGGUGUUGGCUUCAUAUGACAUUGUUGCUGUUGUAGCGAUACCGACGGACGACACCAAUGGUUUAUCUAACGGGAGCUCAGUGCGAGGGACGCAGUAUCAAGCUGGGUUCCCCUGAUGUGAUGUUCGAUGCCAGCACCUGGAGGAUACGCAACAUCUGGGACGGGGUGAAACUAGAGGUCGCCGGGGAUGCGAGCCCUGUUGUCUUGCAUAGCUUCACCCAACUGGACCCAGACCUUCCGCAGUUGGAGAAUACGACCCAGGAGAUCGGUGAGGAGGUGGAGGACGGGGCGGUGUACACCAUCACCCUGCGGAAGGUUCAGAUGCUCCACCACCACCACCACCAUCCUGGCCAUCACAGUGGCGGCAGCGGGGCUAGUAAGGGCCAGCGCUGGCUGGGUGUAGAGACGGACGCGGCCCUCAGCCUGUACGAGACGUGCAAGGUGCGCACCAUCAAGGCAGGCACGCUGGAGAAGCUGGUGGAGUACAUGGUCCGGGGCAACGAUUCCACCUAUGUCACCAUCUUCCUCUGCACCUACCGCUCCUUCACCUCCACCAAGCAGGUCCUGGACCUAUUGCUCAACAGGUAUGCCAAACUCCAGCUUGGAUCAGAGGGCCACAGACUGACUCACGACGAUCGUACAGAACUGAGGAACACAAUAUCCUCCAUCUUGGGGGCGUGGCUAGACCAGUAUUCUGAGGACUUCUGGAAGCCUCCGGAGUACAGCUGCCUGCGACGGCUAAUCUCCUACCUGCACCUCAACUUCCCAGGAUCGGACCUGGAACGCCGCGCCUGCAACCUCCUGGCACACUUCCACCGCCGACAGCUCCAGGAGCCCGAGCACGAGUUGCUGGACCAUGGUGGCUAUCCGUUCACCCUACUGGAGGAGAAUGGCUACGAGGAUGAGCAGCUGGACUUCCUGAACUUUGACCCGGCAGUGGUAGCCGAGCAGUUCACCCUCAUGGACGCGGAGCUCUUUAAGAAGGUGGUCCCCUACCACUGUCUGGGGAGUAUUUGGUCGCAGCGGGACAAGAAGGGCAAGGAACACCUGGCGCCCACCAUCCGUGCCACCGUCACCCAGUUCAACUGCGUCACCAACUGUGUCAUUGCCACAUGCCUGAGCGAGCGCUCGCUCAAACCAACGCAGCGCGCCAAGCUUGUGGAGCGCUGGAUCGAAGUGGCCAGGGAGUGUCGAAUCCUGAAGAACUUUUCUUCACUGCGGGCUAUCCUCUCUGCUCUGCAGUGCAACCCGGUCCACCGGCUGAAGAGGACAUGGGACGAGGUGUCCAGGGAGAACUUCCGCAUCUUCCACGAGUUGUCAGAAAUCUUCUCUGACGAGAAUAACCAUUCGCUCAGCAGAGAGCUGCUCAUUAAGGAAGGCACGUCCAAAUUCGCUACCCUGGAAAUAAACCCCAAACGAGCCCAGAAGAGACAGCAGCAACCCCGAGAUCUGAGUGUGAUGCAGGGGACCAUUCCCUACCUGGGCACUUUCCUUACAGACCUAGUCAUGAUGGAUACAGCCAUGAAGGACUACCUGGACGGAGGGCUGAUCAAUUUUGAGAAGAGGAGGAAGGAGUUUGAGGUGAUUGCCCAGAUCAAGCUUCUGCAGCUGGCCUGCAACAACUAUAACUUCACCCGAAACAAGCGUUUCCGAGAGUGGUUCUCCGGUGUGGACAAACUCACAGAGGCUGAGAGCUACAGCCAGUCAUGUGAGAUCGAGCCACUGUCAGAGUCAGCCUCCAACACUCUCAAGAAGAAGAACACAGGAAUCAUCAAACGCUGGAGCGAUCGCCAGCCUGCCAGCUCAGAGCCAGGCUGCAGCAGUGCGGGCAGCUCCCACUCCAAGUCCUUUGACCAGCUGCGUUACGCCCCCUGCCUGGGGGGCUCGGGUGGAGGUGGAGGGGGUGAUGGAGCGGACUCCCUGAGCGUCACCUCCGCUGGCUCCAGCAGCUCCGAUGUGGAGGAGAUCAAUAUCAGCUUCAUCUCCGACUCACCCGAUGUCCACGAGCGAAAGUUCUGGGAGUCCACCUCUCUGUCCUCCUUGGAUGCCUCUGGUCUGGGCUCUGGCUCGGGCUCCAGUAGCGCCUCCUCCUCCUCCAUGUCCUCCACGCCUGUGGCAGGGGCGGGCUCCCGCUCACACAAGCGCUCCGUGUCGGGCGUGUCCAGCUACUCGUCGCUGUCACUGCCCCUCUACAACCAGCAGGUGGAUGACUGCUGCAUCAUCCGGGUCAGCCUGGACGUAGACAACGGCAACAUGUACAAGAGCAUCCUGGUGACCAGUCAGGACAAGACGCCGGCAGUGGUCAGGAAGGCCAUGGUGAAACACAACCUGGACCGGGAGAGAGCGGAGGAUUACGAACUGCUGCAGAAGAUCUCUGAGGAGAAAGAGCUGAAGAUUCCAGACAAUGCCAACGUUUUCUAUGCCAUGAACUCUUCGGCCAACUACGACUUUGUCCUGAAGAAACGCGGCUUCCCGAAGGUGGGCCGGACCAAGCACGUGGCCAGCUCCACCCUGCCGCGAAUGAAGCAGAAAGGCCUGAAAAUCGCAAAGGGCAUCUUCUGAGGGGCAACGCCAUGUCACCAGAAACCCUCACCCACCUACCUGCUUCCUGCUGGGCUUUCUGGGUGCCAUCUUUGAGUGCCACCCCUGCUGUGCCAUGGUAGAGGGGCCUGUUGCCAGCUUGGCCGUGUUCAGCAUCUGAGCGUGAAAGCCUCAGAGGACUAAUAAAGCUGAAUGGAAUGGAAAUCCCUAUUGGCCAAUGAACUUGCACUCAACUCCAUUUUGCGAGGCAGGCGACUGCCCUUGUGGAAGUAGUGACUCUGUGUGGAUGCUGUGUAUGCUUACCCACAUCUGACCCCUCUCCCAGGUGUUUCCUAACCAGGCUACAACCCAUGUUCAGGUCACUUCCUGUUAGCUUCACAGCUCUCUGUGGACGUCCUAAUCGAGAGGGGAAAACCUGAGUAAAAAUAUAACUAUGUCGUCUAGGUGCGUAGGGAAAUGAAUUCCUCCCCUCUAAAGGAGUUACACUCCCUCUAGUGUCUACAGACCUCUCCCUCAGCAAAGGUUCAGGUACUAUUUUUUUACACUCCUUUCUAGACUACCAUCAACUGCAUCUGUUUCUUUGAUGUUCCGCGUUCCGCGACACGUGGACUGAGACAGAUGGACAGAUGCUCAGUACUGCCAGCUAGCAGAGGGAAAUGCGUUCCAACGAACCACUAAAAGGAUUUUGGGAGAGAAAGGCCCCUACUGGAUAGAUACAUCUGGUUGUUAACCAAUCAUCAGAAACUUUACUGCUUUUAACUCCUCACUGCUAAUGGGAACAUGUCCAGUUUGUUAAACUAACACUAUUCACACAAAUAGGGCAUUAUUAUUACUACAAACAUUCAAUAAUAGCUCAUUUUGUCACUGCUUUGAUGCGGUGGCACUCUGCAUUUGUGCAUUGCGUCUUAUUUCUCCAAGUGGUGCUAACAGACAAUGAAAUGCUACAGCCAGCCCGCUCCCUCCCUCCCCUUUUAUUUCAUGCCUGAUGUCUUUCAGUUUCACACUAGAGUUUGAGAGAGAGGCUCUCUCCUGACAGCGAGGCCAACAUGAAGGAGUAGGCAGCCAUGAGGGCUCAAUGAUGAUGGUUCAUGGAAAUAGUGCAACUGAGGCAUCCAGCAUCCAUUUUGGUUCAGUAUUUGUUUUAAUGGGUGCAUUUCUGGGAAGCCAAAAAAAGUGGUGGCCAGUUAGAGUACAUUAUGGUGACCUGAAAUGCACAAUGUCGGGCGGCCAUUGCGGCUCAAACGUGAUGGCACUAAAUGGCUUCUCCUCGAUUGGCAAUGCCUUAGAGAGUAGAACUGCCUACAUGUGAGCCGAAUGGCACAAAAUGGCUGUUGUUGGCAUGGUGACCACUCCCUCAGAUCAUCAAGAAAGUUAGAAGUUAGCUCCGAGCCAUUUGAUGGACCCCAAUGUGUGCUAGACCCUCCUUUUUAACUAGAAGUGCGUGUGUGGGAAGUACUCAAGCACUCGGAAAGAGAGAGAUGUAUGUUGUAUUGUGAAAUGAAGAGUGGUUUUUAAAUGUCCAGUCUUUUUGUUCCCUAUAGUGUAAAGAAGAAGAAACGAGAAUGAAAGGUCUGUCCCUUUUGUUUGCUCCCUUUCUUUUUCUCCUUCAUCAAGGCCUUUCGUCCUUGUGUACCAGGGUUGGAGGUCAACUUCAUUUCAAUUCAGUUAAUUCAGGAGAUAAAUGAAAAAGAGGAAGAGAAAGUACAACUCAACUAAAACUUAGUCAACUCCACGUGUGCCAAAGACCGGUGGACGAUGAUAAAGUAUGAGGUGGUUUCGGGAGCACUGAGAUUUGAAGUGGAGGGAGUGAGUUUGCCUGCUGUUGAGAGGCUCAGAAGUUGUGUGAUUCUUUGUCUAUGACUAUGAUUGAAGAUUAUGUGAUGAUGAGUCCUUGGUUUGUAGUACCCCAUGUCUAUCCAUUUCCUACAGUAUUGCAGCCAUUGGAUCAAACCUAAUAUCACUAUAACAGCAGCCAUGACAGUGGUGUUGUGGAUUACAGUGUUAAAACUCAAGCCUUUGCUCAAAGAGUUUUCUGAAACUAGUGACUUUUUGACUGUGACCGUGUUACACUGAGUACGGUUACAUGCACACAAUAAUACAAUUAUUGUGAAUAGUCAAAUUAAUAUAAUAGUUUGAUUAAAACGUUUACAUGCUUUGCAAUAAUAAAUUAUUUCCCUCAUAAUUCUGUUUACAUGGACACAUCUGAAAUCAGACUACCUGGUGGGACUUUGAUGAAUGCAGAAUAUCAGAAAUCAAAAUAAACGUUCUACCAUAGCGACCAUGUUAUUUUUGUAAAGCAUAGUUGAUUCUGAGUUCGGACAUAUAACGUUUAUGUGAAAACGACUUCUAAGAUGUGUACUUUUAGUUUUUCCUAACUCACUUCACUCGCGCAAAAGAAGGAAGCUCGCCCUGCUUGCGCUAACACACACACACAGAUCAAACACAUCGCUAUAACUGAUUAAAGCAUUUACAUGUCCUAAAUUUUUAAAAGAUUGCUCAGAAAAUCAGGUGUUUUAAUUGGCGUAUGAUUACUUCGAAUAUGACCGUAUGCCGAUUUAAGAUGAGCAGAGUAAGGUGUUUACAUGACUAAUGCCAUACUCAGCCUUCUGCCAUAAUCAGUUUAACAUCAAAUUAUUCAUGUGCAUGUAAACGUACUCAAUGUGUCAUGUGCAAGACAGUAAAUGUUCUAAUAGGGACAUGGGAUUGGAACUCUAUCAGAGGGCACAUCUAAACUGGCUAUACUUCACUUUAUAGCCUUUUUACACUAUUGUGCUAACCUGAACCGUAGUGUGCUGGCUGGAUCUGAUAUUUUCUUUUGACAUGGUACGUAACCAGGCCAACGCAGUACAGCAAAAAGGUUAUGUCAAAUGCCACAAAAAUCCUAUAACACGCCACAGGAGUCGUCAGUCUACAUUUUCCAACAAACGCUUGAUGUGCCUAACAGUAAAGCCAUGGAAAUGGUUUCAUAUGCUAUGAUGAUCGUGUUUCACAUGUCAGUUAUCAGAAACAUGGGUGGUCAUAUUUAUCGCAUGUUAGUACUGCAUUAUGAAUGCAUUACGGCAGUAUAAUAUAAGUGAAGUGAUUUUCAUGCUUUCAAGUGUGCUGGUUGGUGGUGGUGUUAAAAAGGACGCUGUAUGUUUGUGAAUGUUGGGGUCCGGUAGCCUACUGUGAUUACAUGUGAUUUGCUAGACUUCAUAUUAGUGGUGUUGAUGGAAGUUGCCCCUAAGCCCUGAUUCAAGGUCAGCGUCUAUUUCUACAUCCUAUUAACAAGAUUAGGAUUUGUGUUGGGGAAGCUGAACCUGGAUCUGCAGUUAAAUACUUUUUGUGGUUGAUCAAUGAGUGAGGGAUGGAUUCUUUAACUGGAGAUCCUUAAACUUUUGUGAAAAAUCAUGCAUUUGUGUCAAUGGGAGAUUUACACUUAAGUUUCCAGUUAAUGCCAGUAAGCGUUCAUCCCGGAAUGUGUGCUUAUUUUUUGCUAAUGUCUUUGUGCCCUCCCCAGCUACCCAGCCUAUCUACACUGAGUGUACACAACAGUAGGAACACUUUCCUAAUACCGAGUUGCACCCCCUUUUGCCCUCAGAACAGCCUCAAUUCGUUGGGGCAUGGACU